AUGACACCAGAUUCGCCCAACACAUCGAGGCCAGCGAAGCCGCCCGCGACGGAGCCCCGGGAGCGGAGGACGCUGCGCUCCGCCGUCCCGGAGCUGGACGGCGCCGACGCCACCAGCCUCCUCGUGCGCGAGUGCAUCAAGACCUACAACUCGGACUGGCACGUCAUCAAGUACAAGUACGAGCCCUACUCGGGGGACGUGCAUCGUCUGCCCAGAAAGGACCUGCAGACGGACCGGCUCGUGAGUCACCAGUUCGAGAUCGAUGAGGUCACAGAGAACGACGAGACGUUCAAGCGGAGGUUCUUCCACCUGAGCCAGCAGCCGGACGGGUCGUACGCGCUCAACUUCUACAAGGACGACAAGAACCUGGCCGAGGCCAAGGGCUCCAUCUUCCUGGACGCGUGCCUGGGCGUCGUGCCGGUAGGACCCCCGAGCGAUGCCGAGGUGGACGAGUGGAGGGCCCUGCUCCACAAGGUGCUGCAGGGCCAGUUCGAGGCGGCCAUGCAGGACAACAAGGCCCAGGAGGCGGACAGAAGGAGUCGAGAUGACAGCGAUUGCCCUGAUGCAGCGGAGUCGUGCGAGAGCUCCGAUAUUCAGCUGCAGCUCGUCACGGAUGCCAAGACGCACGAGGAGACGACGAGGGUGAGCAGGAAGGAGGGCCGGCUGAACGUGUUCGUGCUCACCCCCGAGAUGCAGAGGAUGAGCCCCAUGGUGGGCGAGGCGGAGCGGGAAGCGAGGCCGCCGCGGGAGAAGAGAGCGACGCGGCUCCUCGUCUCCUGCCUGGGCUUCAACCUCGCCGUGCAGGCCUGCUUCUCCGACAGCGGAGGCGUCAAGAGCAACGUGGAGCCGUUCUUCAUCACGCUGGCCCUGUACGACCUUCGCACGGCGAGGAAGAUCUCGGCCGACUUCCACGCCGACCUCAACCCCCCGGCCGUGCGUGAGCUGCUGGGCGGCUGCGCGUCGCCCGCGGUGCAGGCCAACGGCGACGUGGCGACGGCCGCCGGCGGCCAAGCCCGGCGGCCCGGGGAGCCUGCCCCGCCUAGCCUGCCCACCGAGGCGCUGCUGUACCCCACUCAGGCCGUGUUCACGGUGUGCGACCCACACCCGGACGUGCUGCUGCUCGUGCGCGUGGAGAAGGUGCUGCAGGGCAGCGUGGCGCAGUGCACCGAGCCUUACCUCCGUGCCGACGACACGGGCAAGGUUGCCCAGAAGUUGGUGAAGCAAAUGCGGCAGUACUGUGGCCGUAUGGGCCAGUAUCACAUGCCGUUCAGCUGGGCGUUCAGGCCUCUCUUCCGCGACGUCAACGGGGCGCUGGACAAGGGCGCCUCCUUCUCCCCGCUCUUCCGCCAGGACGCAGGCAGGACGUCGAGCGACGACUGGCUCCGUGCGCUCGUCGACGUGCACAAGUCAGAAAAAAUGUCGAAACUUCAAACGAUUCCAGGCAGCAUCAAAAUUACUGUGGAGACUCUGCCGGCAGAACAGCCCAACAUGCUGACACCAGGGUUGUCGCCCGUCAUGGCCGGGUGGCGUCUCCCGGAGACCGGCCACAAACAGCGGCAGCAACGGCGGCAUCGGGAAGCGGCCGUGCGUGCGGGAGGUGGACGACUUCCCGGCGGAGACAGCGCGGCACGCUCACCCCUACUCGGAGCGAGGAACAUCGCCAUUCACGUGGAGUUCCGGGACUCGGACGAAGAAGGGACACUGCCGCUCAAGUGCAUCUACGGCAAGGCAGGGCAGCCGGCGUUCAUCAGCAGCGCCAACACGGCCGUCCUGCACCACCAGCAGUGCCCCGACUUCUGUGACGAGGUGAAGCUGGAGCUGCCGGUUCACCUGCACGGCAAGCAUCACCUGCUUUUCACCUUCUCGCACAUCAGCUGCGACCUGGGCAAGCGCAGGGACACGGCCGAGGCGGAGG